ACGAGUCUAUAGCUAAGAUGUGGCACGCGGCGUCAUGGUUUAAUUUUUAAAUAACUAAGAUUAAUAUUUCAUGAGAUACUUUUAAUUUUCUAUUUAAACGUUUAUUUUAAGCUGAGAGUUUCCGUUUUACAAGAAGCAAAACCGACAAACGUGUUAUUUUAUUCUGGAACACAAAUGUCGAUUUGAAAGAAAACUACUGAUUCGUUUCAAGUAACAGUGUAUGCAAUGUCAAUGACGAUUAUUUUACACAACUGGUCAAGCAUGCGGACUAUUUCGAAAAAUUAACUUAGAAUAGGCCUACUAAUUAAUCGCCAGUGCUGUGAAAGUUUCCCCAGAUCAAAUGCAGUUAACAUUCAGACGAGGAUGACGUUUGCUGUUGACUGUUUGUGCGUAAAUACAUUUAAUAAACUGUGGAUUCCCAACUGACCCCCGUGCAAUGCUGGCAGGUAAUGAAGAUUCGCGCACACAGCAGGGUGCCAACUGUUAGGAUAAUUGCGGGGUUUAUAAGGCUGUGCACAAUAUACUGGGUCGUUAUCUUGUCGAGGAAUACAUCCCACAAUAACUAGCAAAUGGUAGGCCUAUACCAAUGUUAAUUCUAACAGCGGACAGAAGCCUACAAAUGGAGAUACAACUACAUACCACACCCUCUUGGAGAUGACAACGUAUUUGUUCAAGCAAUUGGACUACCUGAACAAUACAGAGUUGCGUGCCGACUUCAUUUUCGUGUUUACAUUUGCCAACUGCACUGUGCUGUUAUUCACUUUGUUUGUGGGCCUCGUCGCUAAUGUCUUCGUAGUGUGGGCAGUGAUCCGUCAGAAGUCAUUACAGACGUCCAACAACGCGCUCUUGGUGAAUCUCGCUAUCAUCGAUCUUCUCCGGUGCGUGGUCGACUGCCCCCUACUUCUGACCAUUGAACUGCGGGGAUACGGGAUUGGUCAGUCGGGUGACUUGCUAUGUGAUGCGCAAAUGGCAUCGUUUUCCGUCGGCUGCUGCGUCCAGCUACUCACCUUGGCCAGCAUCAGCGCAGAGCGAUACCAAGCCGUAGCCAACCCUUUUGAAAAUAAGAAGCGGCGAAUACGGAUUGCGGUGUUGAUUAUUCUGACGUGGACUGUGGCGUUACUCUUGUCAGUUUUGUGCAUGAGUCGUCCAAGAGAUUCGCCAAUAUAUAUGAAAUGUAAUGGGAUACACAGAGAGAGCCUGCCUGCCAACGACACUUUUGGACGAUAUAUUUUUAUUCCAAUUUGGACAGGUUGUUUUUCUGUCAUAACUGGCUUCUAUGGCCGCAUAUAUUGGAUAGUAAGGACGCACAACAAGAAAAUAUUUGACAAAGGGGUUUUACCUCCUCCCAAGAAGAAACCUGAAAUUGUUGUGGAUGAUGGAAAAACAGCCGAGGCUAGAAACAGUAAAUUGGAAGACGAACCUAAGAAAACAGAAAAUUUUAAGGUUGAGACGCAGAAAGAGGAUUCUCCCCCCGUGGCGGCCGCCAAACUUUCUGAAGUUAUUGAGAUUAAAGAGCGUACUUCGGACCGAUUACAGGCGGGAACUGCCAAGAAAACUAUGCUUACAAUACCCGUUAUCUCUGUGGAUGCAGCAACCAGUUGCUCCCCAUCAGUUUCAGCCGCUAACAGCUCUCCCUUCAUGACGGCCGCCAAACAGCCUGAAGCUAUUGAGAGUAAAGAGCGCGCUUCAGACCGAGAUGAAAUGUUACAGACUGAAACUGCAAAGAAAACCACACCUGAAAUACCUGUCAUCUCAUUGGACGCCACAGCCGGUUGCACGGCAUCCCCCGAAGUAGUCAUGAAGAAAGACUGUCAACCAGCUCCCGCAGGUAUGACGCUAGAAAACAAGACGGUUUCCUUCGAGGCCAAAACGAGUGUUCACGCGGCGUUGACAGAUCUGGAAGGGAGUACAAAAAUGGCAAGUGAGCCGGAUCCUAAAUCAACGGUUGACGUUAAAGUAGAAGAGGUUCCGUCUUUACCAGCGGGGGAAGCACCCAAAACAGACGCUCAGCCAAAUCCACCUGCUGCGCAGGAUGACCAGGAGGUGGCCGGCGCUGUGUGCAUGAUGCCGUCCCAGCUCGGCAAAGAGAGGGCGAGCAAAAAAAAGGAGGGAAAGCUGGCCAAACGCUCGGGCUAUAUCAUACUCACGUUCGUCUUGUUCUGGACUCCGCUCAUCGUGUCGAUACUGGUCAACUUCUUCGUACACAGAAACGGUACUGAACCAGUGUGGAUUGUACUGGAUAUAGAAAUCUUAUCAAUUUCGGUGGCCUGUAUGACAUCUGCCACAAACCCAAUAACAUACGCAGCGGUAAACCCUCAAUUCCGAACCGAGUAUCGGAAGUUGAAGGCAAAGUGUAAACGGUUAAAAAAACAUUUCAAACGUUCAAAACGUUGAUACACAUUAAUGACAACAAACAAAUCGGCCUCAAAUUAUGUACGCCUAUUGUAUUCGCAAAUGAGAAAGAACUUCAUGUUAACUUGAAUAAUGUUAACAAACUACUCUUUUAUAUAUCCUUCAUAUGCUCAAUAAGGUCACUGAUACAUGUGUGUAAAACAAGUACAGUGUUAUAAUUCGAAUGUACGUAUUUAUCAUUUUCUUAGGUCAAAUGUUUAGUUUACACUGUAUAUCCAAUUAUUGGACCAUCACUGUAACCCACAGGUGUCAAGGUCCAGUCCUGGAGGGCUGCAGUGUCUGCUGGGGUUUCUGGCACCAGUGCUUUAGUGAAGUCAUUGUUUGGCUAAAGAAUCCACACACCUUGUUCUCAAGGCCUUAACAUUGGCAGCGGACUGAAAGGAAACCACAAAAACUCAUGGGCACUGCAGCCCCCCCGGGAAUUUAGUUCGACACCCCCUGCUGUAAUCCCUAGGUAGAAAAUAGAAAGUCAGAAAAGCAGGCUAAGUGAGCCAGGAGCAAGUGUAUUGUACAGGUCUACUCUUAUGCUUCUGUAGCAUAAAGGUACGUUCUAUACAGCUAACAACAGUGCCCCCAAGCACCGCUGCUCGUUAAACUGCUUUCAUAAACGAAUAGGACAUGUAAUAUAUAAUAUAAAUUAUAUUCGGCGAUUAGGUUUGUAGUCAAUGAAAAAACCUUGGUAUUAUCAAAAGAUUUUGACCAUUUUAUUAUUUUUUUUUUUUACAUGUCUGGAAACACUGUGCAUCAUAUUCAGUGAAAAGGACAACUAGCAACACAGACGUAUGAGGUGAAGGUACAGGCUUUGUUCAUACACGUACAGACUGUACAUUUUGUAACGGACCACUUUCGGGGAAAAAAAAAAAAAAAUCCCGAUCAAAACCUCUUCUGCAGUAGGCAUCGAUCAAACGAAGGUUUGUGUAAUUUGUCACCGUUGUCGUCGUCAUAGUCGAAAGUCGUUGGCAAAGCUGAACUUCAUUCUUUCAGAUUUGAGUUAUCCUUUUUCCCCCCCGAACAUCAAGGCAUCUCCGCUCUCCAGCACUACGUCUGACGCCGCUUUUCGCAGAACACGUCGUUUUUUUUUUUUUUUUUUUUUUUUUUUAACGGAUGAACAAUAAAAACAAUAA